GAUCCGUUUCAGUCGCUCUGUCGUAGGUGGGAGCAUAAAGUGUUUGUUGUUUACUAGAAGGACACACUCAGAAGAUAGCAGUCUAGCCUCCCAGUACGCCCCCGGAUAUCCUUAUAGUGGCCAUCGAAGUUGGAGCGAGGGCAAGAGACAAACCGGAGCCAAAGCUACGCUGGAGACAGGAUUCCUGGAGCCUUCGGGAGGAUCGAUACGAAGGUGCGAAAGCUAACCCUGUAAGCAUCAUCAUCUCCAAAUACAUCUCUCACAGUGGUGCGCGUUCGCUCGCUCACUCACUCUCUCUCUCUCUCUCUCAUUCGCUCUACGUUGUCCUAACAAUCCGAGAGACGUCACGUUCUCUCGUGCUGCUGCUUGCUAGUAGCGUGUAAUUCGGGCCAGCAUCAGGGCAUCGCAGCAGCCGAUGCCACCGGUGGAAAUCGAGGGUCACCAAGGAUUUCAUUCAAAACGAGUCGACCCGGCCAGGAUGAAGUCAGUUUUCCGUCGUCUUCGGUAAAGCGAACAACGAGCGCACUUCAAAAACCCCAUCCCAACCCUGUGGGGACAAACGCGAUAUAACGGCAUCGGUCCAAAGGUUCGUGUUAGUUUUGUCAAAGCUCGUUGGAGGUCGUGCGAUUUGACACGGGCGAACCAUCUGUUUUGGGGUAACCACCUAUCACCACGGAUGAUAGGAGUGUUCCCUAUUUUCGUGUUGGCUUACGACUUUUGUGUUUAAGGAUUCGUACAGUGCCGUGAUAAGUUCGUCAGCAUCCACUCCUUCCAGUGUGUUUGCCUGGUGGGAAAGCAGGCCAAUUGAAUUGACUGACUGAAUAAGUGUGUCUUACAAGGACGAAGAAGGAAAAGGAGCAAACAAAAAAAACGAAGAAAAACGCUAAUAAUAACCGUGUCCGGGCGGAAUCAAUCAAUUAUCGCACGCUCGUUCGAUCACCGCGAUUGUUGUGGGUUUGGUCAACCUUGUUCAGCAAGACCACCACGACCUCCCUCGCCCUUCCACCUUCUACAACGAAAGCCUUCGGAACAUUUCGUGGCAGCCUUUCGUUUCUUUAUCUUUUUUGUUGAAAUUUCCUUUCCGGUUUGGGCCACCUCUGACCGUCGGUGAGAGAGUGCUUUUUCCUCGGUGUGGAAAUAGAUAAAACCUAAUCCGGUUACAGGUCACUGAAAGCUGUUUGGGUGGAAAUCGAAAAAAGAAUCGUCCGAAUCGGAAGCGACGUUAAAACGACCCCAGAAACGGGGGAAAAGCAAAAGGGCGUGUGUGUGUGUGUGUGUUUGUGAGUGCAUGGAGGAGGAGCGACAAGGUGGAAUGAAGGAAGAACUUCCUCAACCCAUCAACAACAAAGCGCCACUGUGCUCUCCCUGCUCAGCUCGUAUGUGGUAAAGUCUAGGCUCGAGCGCGCGCGUGUGGUCAGGUCUCGCUCAACCCCAGCGUCGGUGUGGGAUGAGUUUGUUAUGCUAUGGUGUGUUCUGCGAGUGUCAUUGUUGAUGUUGUGGUCGCUUUUGUGCUAUGCUUAAGUACCUGAAAAGUUGAGGCAAUAGGUUCUGGUGUUUCUGGCGCUGGGAAAGGCAAGAUCAACCGUUAUCGAUCGUGACCAUCGGAGGCGACGGACUACAACAACGGCACGUUUUACGGAGUGUAGCAAGUGUGUCCGGGCGCUCGUGUGUGUGUCGGUCGAGUUUGUGGGAGCGAGUGCGUGUGCUGUUCCCUUUUUUGUGCUAACCGUGGAAGAAAAAACUCGCCAAGACGUGGGCCGAAAUCAAGAAAGGUCUCCAAUCGCUGUGGAUGACUACGCUUUGCAGCCCUUGGAACCAAGGUCAGCGGGACGAGUAUCCUUCAAGGGCGUUGGCGAACUUUCUGUACUCGUCGAACUUUAGCGCAAAAGAGAUGGAUGAUAUACUGGUUGAGGAAUGCAAUAAUAGGAACACCGUCUAUGUGCUGAAUUCCAGCUACCGAUAUGGGAACAUGGACAUGAUAGAGCUGUUCGGUACACCGGCGGGCCGAGCACUAACGGUGAAUAAUAAAACUGCAGCGGAAUUGCGACACGGCCGCCGGACCACAAGCGGAAGCAACAGUACCACCGGCAGCAGUGCGGCAGAUCCCCAUCUGUGUCCGAGCACGAUCGGCGGUCUGCUGGCCGGUAGCCUCCACUCGACCAACAUCAGCAGCAUCAGGAUCAGCGAAAACGAUGACACCAGCACUGCCGGCCAGCAUCGCUUCAUCGAAUCGAGCGAAUUCAUUAGAUUUGCAUCCAGCAAGGGAUCCGUCUCGCCACCCGCCUCCAUCGCCUUUCGUAACAAAUGUAGCAGUAAAAGCGUCGAUGGCAGCAGUAAAAAUGGCCCCACCCACCACCUCGACCAACCGCCCAGGCGGAACAAUUUGAAAAUGGCCAAAUUUUGGAAGCUCUUCGACGAGGACCGGUUACGGAAGGCUAACAGCACGGAACGAAUAGGCGAUAAGCUUCGGCAAAGAUGGGCUGCUGCAGCACCAACGCUCGACCAGGCGGAUACGGUUGACCAAUCUGCAAAUGAUUUGUACAGUGAGGCGGCCCAGCUGCUAGGUAUAAAGUGUACGCUGACCGACAGCUGCCGAUGCAUAGACUGUCAGAGUCAGUACUUCGACUGCGAUGACGAUGCGGACGCAUACUCGGAAUAUUCCGAUAGGUCGUACGACAUGGAGGACAAUUUGUUCACGAAUCGAUCAUAUUAUAAUGAUCUCUCGACGGUGUCGGGGGUGCCAGAAACAGAUACCACCUUCGCUAGCACCGGUGGUACACCCGCAAUCAGUGACCGUUCGAAACGGAACCAGCCCGCACACAACCGUCUCUGGGACGGACCGGACGAUACCGUGCGGCAGGAGGAUGUCAAUGGUAAUGAAUGCCAGCAUUAUUUGCAUAGCACCCACAAUCCGUCUUCAUUGAAUUUAUCAUUGGAUGAGGGACAGCUACCGGCAAACGACCGCUCUCAAUUGCCAAUUGAUACGUCCGAAAUCGAGCAUACCGGACAGGAAAGCCUAGCGGUGCCGGAAGCGCCCGGUGAGGACUGCGCUACCGGCAUAAAGGUUGCAUGAGAAAGGAGCUUGGCUCUUGAAGCCAACGAGGACACUUCGGAGACAUUUUCUGCUACCAUCAAGGAGGAGGAAAGCAUCGUACUGGUUACCGUGGAUGGCUUCAGCUGUAGCAAUGCACCCGGGGAACAAUGCGCCUGUUCGUGUUGCUAGCAUUUUCGAUUCGUUUUAUUUAUUUACACUUCGCCCGACGGUAAUGAAAGCAAUAAUUUGAAGCCAUGAAAUUAACGCGCCAAACUCUAAGUCCAGCAUGGUGCGUUGUUAAUUUGUUAAGCUGUGAUUAACGCGUGGGAGACGCUCGGGGGAGAUUGAACGUAUUUGCGGAAGACGCAUCGAAGAACGUUGGCUUAAUGUGAUGGAAGUUGCUGUUUAAUUUGAGCGCGUAACGUUAGUGCGAUGCGACUUUAUAGGAAUUAUUCUUUUCUUGAGGUAUGUUUACUGUUACUUCUUAGUAUUUAUAAAUGAUAUACGUAAAUAUGAUGCAUCGCCAUUUCGGCAUUUGAUGUUGGGCCUGUUGCGAAAAGCCUUAAAUAAUACAAAUAAAACAAACAUACAAACAAACAAACCAAAAUAUUCAAACCCAGAAACGUUGCUUGAUUUAGCAUAUGGUUGAUUUAAUACUUCAAACCCCCAUUUACAAACAUCUCACAACAAUCGAAACCAAUUAAUCAUGCCACCGAAACUGAACAAUAUCGUCGUCUCUACCAACUCCGAACAAUAUUCCACGCCCAAACAAAUGUGUCAGUGUUCAGCCCUAUGUAAGAUGUGUACGACUAGAGAAGAAUUUAUGAAACCUGUUAAACUUUCCAUCUAAUGGACCGACUGCUGGUCAUGACCAAACCCCCACAACGUGCCGAGCACAGUGUUAAUGUGCGAUGGUGAGUGCACACGUGAGGGAGAUAAAGUAGUAAAAAAUAGCAAAAAAACGGCAACAUUUGAUAUUGCUUCGGUUAAAACAAACUUGUUAAUCUCUAACUCGCCCCUCCGCUGUAGAUAUUACGAAUGUAAACUAUUUCUUGAUGAAUAAUGCAGAAAAUAAUAAAGGAACCAUGGAAUGCAAUGUCCUUAGAAUGAGUAAGUUAAAUGAAGAGAACAAAAAUUGCCAAAAAGAACAAAAAAGAAGCAGAUAACGAACACAACCAAAAAUCAAAAUAUACAACCCCUAACUAAUAUGUGUGUAUGUGAAUGUUGUGCAGAGUAAAUGAAACCUUGUUAUUGUACUGUAUGCCUUUGUACCUUAUUAAAAAAAAACACACACAUCUACACAACAACAAGUUCAGAUCCGCAGGACGGGCAAGCAAAAAGCUUCACGCCAUCAGAUUAAGAACAGCAAAAAAAUGAACUAGUGAGUGAAUCUAUUUAUUAUAUUUUAAUUAAGUAUUAUUAGAGUUAAAACGCCGGCAUUGUUACUUGGCAAGAUUAUAUGAUGGCUACCGAAGAUAAAUAUGAAAGGCAAGCAAGCUAACAUGCGAUAAAAAUGAGCCGAAAUCAACCAAAGUGGUAGGAAUAUGACAUUAAACUCUUCCUGACAUGACAUAGCCUGCGUAAAUGGACAGGAAUGCUGCGGCGAGAUUAAUAAAUCCCAAAAUGUAUGCUCUGUGUGUGUAUGACAUACACUAGGUUGGUUGGUACUGAUGAUACUUUCAAUAAACGAUUAAACCUAUCCUUAUCAUACUGCCGGCCAUGGAGCGUAUUU